UCUCGGCUUUCACUAUUGACGGCUCAGAAAACUGUCAAUUUUAUCACCUGCAUGUAAAAUCAACCUGAAGAAAUUUCACCAGUUCGGUCGGUAUUUAAUCAGAUAAAUACGAGCAAUAAUCACAAAGGGAAAGCAAAACAAUUUACCGAAUUAAAUGAAUUUUUUAAAAUGUUUAAAUUGUCGAAUGGGUUCAGAAACUGUUUUGCAUUAAGUCAAGUAAAAUUGAGCAAGAGAUUAUGUCAGACCGAACCGAAUCCACCCAGAACACCAACUACUGUGCGCGUUCGUUUUGCCCCGAGUCCGACAGGCUACUUGCAUUUGGGUGGCUUGAGAACAGCUUUCUUCAAUUAUUUGUUUGCGAAAGCCAACAAUGGCAAAAUGGUCUUGAGAAUUGAAGAUACCGAUCAGAAGCGUUUGGUUGACGGGGCAACGGAACAACUAUGCAAAGAUCUUAGCUGGGCUGGAAUCGAGAUCGACGAAGGUCCGCUGGUUGGCGGACAGUACGGGCCAUACAUACAGAGUGAACGAUUGGACAUUUACAGACGAGAGGUGAAAACAUUGCUGGAAAAUGGCACAGCAUACUAUUGUUUCUGCACAGAGCGGAGAUUGGAGUUACUGCGAAAAGAACAGCUGAAGGCACGCGAAACAACGAGAUACGACAAUCGGUGUAGACACUUGACACCAGUUCAAAUUGCUGAGAAAUUGGCCAACAAGGACACAUUUUGUAUCAGAUUCAAAUUAGAUCCAUAUCUGGACGAUUACAAAGACCUGAUUUAUGGCAAAAUGGUGUACGAUGCUGCAGGGAAUGAGGGCGACCCAGUCAUCAUUAAAUCGGAUGGCUAUCCCACCUAUCAUUUCGCGAAUGUUGUCGACGAUCACUUGAUGAAAAUUACGCACGUCUUGCGAGGCGUUGAAUGGCAAAUAUCGACGACAAAACAUUUACUUUUGUACAGAGCAUUUAAAUGGGUACCACCACAAUACGGACAUUUGCCAUUGCUUAUGAAUGCUGACGGGACGAAGCUGAGUAAAAGACAGGGAAAUGUAAAUAUCGAACACUAUAGGACAUCUGGUGUGAGUCCACAAGCAUUGGUGAACUAUAUCUCGCUAUCCGGUGGCGGAUUUGAACGAAAACGAGGCGAGAAACCUCGAAUAUACACAAUGGCCGAACUGAUAGACUCUUUCGACGUGCAAAAGAUCAACACACAUUCGUGUCAACUGAAUCCGGAAUGGCUGGACCAAUGCAAUCAUUUGGCAUUGAUAGAACAAUUGAAGCAACCAUCAGAACAAGCCAGACUAAUUGAAGAAGUGAAGGCGUUGGUGAAAGCUGCAUAUCCGAAUGACGUUAAGAACUUAGAUUUUAGUGACGAUCACAUAAAAAUGAUUCUCGAAUGGUCGAUGGAUCGCAUAUCCAAUCUGAAUGAACUAGCCAAAGAGGAAUAUUCUUACUUGUGGAUCGCGCCACAGAAGCGAAAACACGACUUGCCUAAAGAUACGCUGGACAAACUAGUGAAGAUAUUAUCUGACGUGGACAGUUUCGGGAAGCAAAAGUUGAAUCCUAUUCUGAAAGACUUUUCGAAAAGCGAAAACGUUAGGUUCAUUGAACUGAUGAAGUCACUGCGAAUUGUUCUGAGCGGACUGGAGGAGGGACCGCCUGUCGCUGAGAUGAUGGAGAUUUUGGGUAAAGAGCGCACACUCAGCCGAAUGAAGAUGAAAAAAUCUAGUAAAUAAAUGUCAGGGACU